AUGGACACGAGUUCCAAUGACAAGGAUUGCGUACUCAAUAACGAGCUGAUGGAUGAAACUUCGCCUCUUCAAGAUGACGCCUCCUAUCAGUAUAUACAGAUGACCAAACAACAUGCUGCAAAUUCUAAAACGACAUGUUCCAGAGAUGUUUCUACAAGAAAGCUAAAAUGCAAAUCAUUUUCUGGAUAUCUGACCAAUUCUCCAAACACCUACAACUACAAUGGACACUGCUACGAGUUUGUAGAGCAACCCAUGGUUCAAUCAGAUGCCCGGUUAUACUGUCAGGCAUUUAAUGGCGACCUAGUCUCCGUUAAUGACGAGUCCGAGCAUGACUUUCUGGCGAACACAGCAUUAACUUUACCUAUCAGCUCUAUAUAUAUAGGUUUAGCAGGCUCUGGAAACAUUUAUGACACGUGGUAUGAUGGAACUCCAGUUGGGUUUACAAGAUGGAGGAGUGGUGAACCUAAUAACAUUGCAGAGGAGUGCGUAUUCCACCGAACAUCAUCUAAAGACUGGAUUGACACGAGUUGUAAUAGGGCAUUGGCUUUCAUUUGCGAAUCAGAAUCGAGAAAGGAACUCAUACUUGAUGGACCAUAUCUUCUUAAGCCGAACAUCAAUUCCGCUUACUAUGUCGGUGUACAUAACACCAAUCAACUCUGGCUUUUCAACCAGUCAACCAGCUCAAAUGCCUUCUAUGUCCAGUCACCUGGAAUUACUUGGCAAAAUAGCUCAGUAUCUUUCUUCUCCGCUGAUAAGACAAGGAACGUGAUGCACAUCGUUGGCGAAAAUGUUUUGCUUCAGAGCUUGUAUGACAAUACCCAUAAUGUGGACUUUGCGCAAGAAUCAACAUUUACUAUGGUUGAAGGUGAAUUCCUCCAAGGUUUUGUCACGUUGCGAACAUCUACCGGGGAGUACCUGAGGGUAUCGGGAGGGCAGCUGAUGGCGCAUGCGUAUGAAAACACAACUGCGUUUGAAAGCAGUGCAAGCUUUCAAAUGUUCCCCUUUCUUUGAAACGAAAAUGAACUGAUAGAUUGUAGAUU